GCUACACAAAGAUAAAUAACAUACAUUUUUGUAAACUAACUUUUUUGCACCUGUUACUGAAAUGGUUGUUCCAGUUUAAACAGCUCAGGUCGUCUCCUCUAACAGUUCCUAACCCUGGCAGUCAUUAUGAAUGCAGGUUGCAGGUGAAUAACAAUGCUAACUGUUCGAUAGCAAAGCUCAGGAUUCCAAUAGGAAUGACACCUCACUUUGCAAGCCAGCAUAAUGUGACUUGCAGGUAGGGUUGCAAAAGUCUGGUAAGGCUGAUUCCUGGAAAUUUGUGCAGAAUUAUGCAACCCUACUUGUAGGCCUGAUUUGGCUUGUAAACCAUGAGUUUCAGGCCACUGUAUUAGGGUGAUGAUAGGCCUCAAAAUAAGGCCUUAUAAGCUAUAUAAAUGUAUUGUCAUAAAGAGUUUCAUGACAACAUUCACUUAGGAACUCGUUUGGUGAAGGCCACAGAACUGAAAAUGAAUGAAUUCAACAACCAUGUCUCUGUCACUAACAAAUACAGACAUCGGGGGUUUCCCUAUAAUUCACUAGAAAAGACAAGUCACACUGGGAAAUUAUAUUGGAGGCGUAGCUUAGCUUAGCGAGGGCGUUUCUCAAAAUGUUCAAGCUGAUUCAACUCAAAUCUGGACCCCUACAGCAGGGCUGUUGAACUCAUUCCAUGGGGGGCUUAGUGUCUGCAUGGAAUGAGUAGUUGUUCCUUUCAAUUAAGCCCUAGACAACCAGGUGUGGGGAGUUCCUUUCUAAUUAGUGAUCUUAAUUCAUCAAUCAGGUACAAGGGAGGAGCAAAAACCAGCAGACACUCGGGCCCAACGUGGAGUGAGUUUGACGCGUGUUCUACAGGGUCACAGUGACUCUAUCGGUUUGAGUAAUGACUACAAAAUAAUUUUAAGUAACUGUAGGCUACUCAGACAUAUUAAGUACAACAGGUUUCCUAAAAAAAUGGAGUAAUGACAGCACAAUGGGGUUUACACUGCCAAUACAGAGAGAGAGGCAGGGAAAGCCUCACUCCAUCACGUCAGUAAAGAGAACAAGAAAGAAACCGAAACAGAGAGAGAAAAGUCACUCCCAGUGAGAAGAGAUGCAAACAGACAAACAGAGAGAGAAAAGUCACUCCCAGUGAGAAGAGAUGCAAACAGACAAAUAGAGAGGCAUAAAAAGGAGUGGACAGGGAGAAAGAAAGAGGGUGUCCCUCUCUCACCCUCUCUGUGUCUCCCUUUGAAAUUCCUCCAUGCCACUUUGACUUUACCCCCUAUUCCCUACACCCAUCCCACUUCCCAGCCAGCCCUCCCUGGCACCAGUAUGCGGCCCCCAGCCCCCCUUUCUCCCCCCUCAGGGCUGCUGCUGUUGCUGGUCUUCUGCCCCCUAGUGGUGGUAGCGCAGGCCAGCAGCAGUAAGACGGAGAGCGGACACAGCACACACCAUGGAGACACAGACCCAGACCGCUGUAUGAGGCAUCACUUCGUGGAGACCAUCACACACUCCAUCUACAAGUGCCACUCCAAUAUGGUGUUGCUAGCUCGGUGCGAGGGCCACUGCAGCCACACGUCCCGCUCCGACCCUCUCAUCUCCUUCAGCUCGGUGUUGAAGCAGCCCUUCAAGAGUACCUGUUUCUGCUGCAAGCCCCACACCUCCAAGCUGAAGGCUGUGAGACUCCGCUGUGCCGGAGGGAGCCGCAUCACAGCAACCUACCGCUACAUCCUCGCCUGCAACUGUGAGGAGUGCAGCUGAGCUGGGAAAAAUAAUUUUUUUAACUCUAGAACUCUAGAACUCUAGAACUGUCUCCUUGAGAAAGUUUCUGCACCUGCGAGUCGACAGCUGUGAAGAGCGGAAUCCUAGAACAUGUAAAUUAGAAGAACCUGCACCUUUGUAGAACCUAUAAGUCCAGGCCCUACCCAUGGACCGAGCCAGUGUUUUGGUCCCUGUGUAAUGAUUAAAUUACGAUGAUUUAACUUCCCCUGGCCUUCAUUUGCAAGUAGUGGAACCCUUAGAGCCCAAUAGAACUCUAGAGCCUGAGAGUAUAGGCUAGACCCAUGGACGAAUCUAGAACCGUCAUGCCUGUUUGUGAUGAGGACUCCAGCGCCCCAACGACUAUCUGCCUUUUAGAAUGGGAAGGGAGGGCAGGAGAUUUCUGAACCAAUAAUAAUAAUGGAUUGGACUUAUAUAGCGCAUUUCUACUAACUGAACUACUCAAAAGCGCUUUACAUAGUAACUCACCUCAUACACCACCUGGAGGAAUGUACCAUUUCAUGGUUCUACAUGUGUUUCUAGACCUGACUGAGAAGUCAGUCAUGAGAUCCUUCAUUCUUCUUGACUCUUUGUCAAACUGCUUUGUCAGUCCUCUAAAUAUACCACUUAUCAGUCUGGACCAAGACUCACCUGAGCUCCUCUCCUCAUCCAGUAGCUCAGUCCCCAAACUGAGACUCAUUAGGAACCCUGUUCCCAAAUUCUGUGUGUCUGGAACCAAGAGAACACUCGGCUCCUCAAGGCUCCCUGAAGGAGUUAGUUCUGCUAAUCCAUCGAGGGUAGAUGACAUUUCCCAGAAUCCUAUAGAACACUGUCUUCUCCCUCAUGUGUUCAGACCCAAAAACAAUUAACUGCUUUUUCGGUUUCAGCCAAACUCUCAACACUCAUUACAAGCAACAACAACACAUAUGCAUAUGCAUACGCUCGUAUUCAAUCACUCAUCACCUCUCUAAUUACACACACCGUCUCCCCACUCUCACCACUAAUUACAUCUAUAAACGUAUGGCGGCUACGUCAUAAAACCCAACAGCACAACAUGCAUAAAUAAAAGCAGCAUGGGACAGAGCAGGCUGUGUAUCCUAUGAGAUACAUGUGUCAUGACUGUGCUUAACUAAGUGAAAUAAUCUGUCUGUAAACAAAUGUUGGAAAAAUUACUUGUGUCAUGCACAAAGGUGGUGUCCCAACCGACUUUCCAAAACUAUAGUUUGUUAACAAGACAUUUGUGGAGUGGUUGAAAAACAAGUUUUAAUGACUGGAACCUAAAUGUAAGUGAACUUCCGACUUCAACUGUAUCUGUGUGAAACAUGAUGAACCCUGGCAGGCCAUAUCACCAGCUGAUGUACUCUCAGAGAACAGACUCUUACACGAUGACUGCUUUGGCCAUAGACCGGAGGACUAUAACGCAAAAUGCAUCAGAGUGCAAAAGUGGAGUUUCCAGAGGGACAUUCUGUUGUUGGGAUAGCUACACACUAUGUUUGGGAGAUACAGUGAUGGGGAAACCAUUGUGCGCAGUGGUAUAUGGACUGAAAAAUGGUCUGUCAAUGCUCUGUGAAACUGAUGAUUUGGUGGUUGUUAUUGUUGAAACUAUUGAUAUUAUUAUCGUGCCAGAGUUUAUGAUUACUGACACAUCAUUUGCUAUCAUUAAGUACUUCACUAAUUACGUAAUUUCAAUAUUUAGAUACUUUGAGAAUGGAAUCUGUGUGUUACAGCUUGUGCUGCUCACAAUUCAAAUACAUUCUUUUGACUUACUCUGGAUUUGUGCAUGUUACCACUUUAGUGCAUUUAAGACAGUCCCAAACCAUUGGAUUUAUCAGGAGUCAGGUACUGUGUCUAUCUACCAGACUAAGGUAUGUGGAGAGGAAUCCAUUUUAGAAUCGAGCAGAAUGGUGUUAAGAUAAUGAUGGACUAAACAAAAGACCUCAGAGUCCCACAGAAGUGAUGCCUGAAGUGCUUCGAAAUCCUGUCGAGAAAGAGAUCACACACACACACACACACACACACACACACACACACACACACCUUUGUUCGUAGCUAUGGCCUCUAACUGUGCCGUCCUCUAGGAAAACAAAUUGCUGGUUUGAUUUGUUAAGGCAGAUCAUGGCUGACAGAGCGACUGGCUGCCUCACACGUCAACCUAAUAAACAGUCCUUUUGUUUCUGCC